UGAGCAGGCAUGCUCAUCUGACUCGGCUGGCUGUUACUGCAGUAAACAUCACGGGGAGAGGAUGGCAGCGAAGGAGCAGAGCUGGGCCUGGCUCACAAACGCCGGCAAACAGCUGAGUGGGCCGGACCUUUCAACCCACAUAGGCUGUGUCACUGGAGCACAGUGGGUUUAUCAUUAACUCCCUUAAAGGCAGCCACGGCAGCGGCAGCGGCAGCAGAGGCAGCGUGGAAAAGCUUGAAGUCCCUGGCUAAUUAGCAGCUUCUGUCAUGGCAAAUGAUGGCACAGAAGAACUGGCAGCCGAGGAAAUACCAGAGGCUGAUCAUCACAUAUAUGACGAAGUGAAAUGGCUGGACAAAGCAGAGCAGAACCAACGACUGGCUGUGGAUGAGCUCAUCAACACAGAGAUAGGUUAUGUACACAACCUUCAGCUGUGCAUCUCAGACAUUCAUAGCCACCUCCAGAAAAAGCAGCUGCUUGAACUUGACUUGGAAGGACUAUUCUCUGGUAUAGAUGAUGUCCUGGCCAUUUCCAGACGUAUCCUGAAAGGACUUGAAGCUACAAGGAACCAGGGACAUCAGCAGCUCUUUAACAUAAGCACCUUAUUUCAAGAGCUGAAAGAGGAGAUGGAAAAUGUCUAUAAGUUAUAUUGUGCCAACUAUGAACAAGCUCUUCUACUGCUGGAGAUUUACAGGAAGGACCCAAAACUACAAAAAGAGAUUUUGGACACCCUGACUACCACAGUGCCUCACAUUGGUGCUUCAGAUCUGAGCUUCUUCUUGGUGAUGCCAGUGCAACGGAUUACAAAAUACCCACUGCUGCUACAAAAGAUAUUGGAAAACACACCAGACAGUGACAGUGCUUAUAGAGCUCUUCAAGCUGCGACCCAUGCUAUGGCAGAUGUCAAUGCCAACAUUAAUGAAUACAAACGACGCAAGGAAGUUGCCGACAAAUACAACAAGGCUGGGUAUCUGACUCUGCGGGAGCGCCUGGCCCGGCUCAACCCCCAUUCAAUUGCCAAGAAGACCACACGACUGAGCCGCCUCUUUAUGCACGAGACUGGAAUUGUGUCUAAGACAGAAGACAAGGAUUUCGAUGAGUUGGAAGGAAAGUUCCAAUGGCUGGCAGCAGGUGUAGCUGACGUGAAAGAGAAUGUGGCAUCUUUCCUGACCAAUGCAGAGGUGUUCUUCAGUUCUAAACCACAUGAGAAUGAGCUGGAAAUAGAAGCAGGAACUACUCAACAGUAUCACCGUCUUGCAGAAAAGCUGCACAGCACCAUCUUUCCUGAAUUUAAGAAACGACUGGAACGCCUAGUCUACCUACCAUUGUGCAACUUGUCAGAGACUUUGAAGGGGCCUCAAACAUUGGUUAAGAAGCGCCUGGACAAGCUGCUAGACUAUGAGGAGCUUGAGGAGAAGAGGAGCGAAACAGGCAGCGUGAGCUAUGAAGAGAAGGCUGACAUGGAUACCUAUCUUGCCAUUAACUCCUUGCUAGUGUCUGAGCUUCCUGUGUUCAACCAUGUGGCCAAGCAAUGGCUGGGCCAUAUUCUAUGCUCUUUUGUGGCUCUUCAGCGGGAUCUGGCCAAGCAAGUUCUUCAGGAGGUGGAAGAGGAGGCUGCCCAGCUGCCACACAGACACCUCCCUGCAUUUGAUUUCUGGAAAAUGGCAAGGGAUCAUUUAAGCCAAUCUGAAGAGCAACUUGGCUCCUUCCGCAUGAAAUUUGAGACUGUUACACCGAGCCCUGUUGUGCAGCCUCUUAGCCCUGUAGAGGAGAGAACAGCCCUUUCGCUUGUGAACAAACAUGGACCAGACAAGCUAUACCUGGUGACAAGCAACGUCAGUGGCAGCAAAAAUAUGGACUUGACACUACAGAGGGGGCAGAUAGUAGCUCUCCUGCAUGACAUGGACACUAAGGGCAACACAAACCGAUGGCUGGUGGAUACAGGAGGUCCAAGAGGCUAUGUCUCUCCUGGGAAGCUCCAGCCAUAUCAUCUAGUCCAGAACCAAAAGCCCAGAGUGCAGGUAGUGGUUCCAGAUUAUGGAGCUGAGAAGACGCACCCACCAUCUUAUAACUUGCCUGAAACUCCCAGUACACCAAUGCAUUUCAGCACACCAGCUUUCCAGGUGGUGGCUGGUUACACGUUCACAGCCAGGAGCAGUCAUGAGGUCAGCUUGUGGGCAGGCCAACCUGUGACUGUGCUGGAACCCCAUGAUAAGAAAGGAAGCAAAGAGUGGAGCCUGGUGGAGGCGAAUGGACAGAGGGGCUAUGUGCCUUCCAGCUACCUGGUGAUGGUGCCGACCCCAGAACCACCUGGAUGGAGCUCACCUACUUGGCCAUUUCCAGCUCAGCAAACGUAGCUGCAAGGCGAUGCUCGGUUUUCAGAAGUCAACUCUGCUGCUUUCCCCUUCCCUGCCAUCUCCACUUCCUCUAAGAGUCUUCUCAUGCCGUGAGCAAAGAGGCAGGUGGUGGGGCCAGGAGGCCUGUGGACUGGUGGGAGUGCUAAGGAUGGAUUCGUGUGGUGAACCUUUUGGAAAUAAUAUGGCUAUAGGUUGCUCAUGGUGGUCUGCUUUUCCAUUAUGGUUUCUUAGCCUUAUACCACUAGUCAGAUCCUUGCACAGGUUCUGAGGGGAAAGGAUCUAAUACAGAUCUAGGACUAGACGUGAGAUUGUUGCCCCACUAGCCUUAUUGGAUAAAUGGAUUCUCAGAAACCAAAGAUCCCUGUGUAUUAUGUCAAGUGCAUUAAAGGAUUAACAGGCUGCUGUCUUGGUUCCAGAAUAACUGUCUUAAGUCAGCAUCAACAGGCCACCUCAACAAAGAGGUCAGGAGUCGCAGACUGGUAGAAAUCUCCUUCUGCACUCAUUGAACUGAUGUGCUGCCUUUGGCUGCUUGCUAGCGAGGAAAUAGCCAGAGAAACCUGCUAAAUGCUUCCCACUGUUGUACGUGGUCCAACUCCCAAGACACUAAGAGCUGCUUUUGUUUCCUAAAUAGCAGCCACAGGAGGGGUGAUCAGGUGGAGGGUGAGAGGGCGUUUUGCUGCUGCUCCUGUUCUAAUCCAGAUUACACCCACCACCACCACCACCACCACUGUUGUUUUCCCUGGUAGCUUCCCUUCCAGGGCAAAUAACAGUCAUGGGGCCCAAUGUGGAUUGGUACCAGGGCAGGGCUAAAGCUUAAAUCCUCUCUCCUCCCCCAACACCAUGCUCUUGAUGUGCUGGAUGGCGGCCCCUGCAGCCGAUAUUCAGGAAACAAAAAACUGGCAUGCAAGAGCUAAGGAUGUGCCUGAAGGCCACAUGUAGUUUGACCCUAAAUACAGGCCUUUCCUCGGGAAGUGAUGUGUGGCUUAAUAUACCUGAUGAAGAUGCUGCAGCAUAUGCUUGCUGUAAGGAGAAUCAAAUAUAUUUAAUACAUAGCCCUGCUCUGAUGUGCUGGAUGAAAUAUCUGAAGUGUUGUCAUGGAGAAAACACUCCCACAUCCUUUAUAGGAUUUGCCUGCAAAGUAGUUGCCUUUGCAUAGGGUGAGAAUGCAGAAGUGCAAAUUACGACUGGGGAUAUGAAGAAAGUGAAGUGCCAGGCAUGGAGGUUUACAUGAGAUGCAGCAUGAUGAAUGCAAGCCCUUGACUGGUUUUUGCAUUGAUUUCCUUAAAAAACCCCAAAGUGUAUGGAAAACUAGACUCAAUCUGAUGUAAGGAAUCCUUCUCAAGGCUUUUGAAUGGCUGCCUCCAGUGGGCUCUAGCAAAAAAUAAUAAUAAUGCUGCGGGCACCACUCCGAAGUGCUUUUUGAACAGCUAAGCACUAAUGCAGAAAACAAGAGCACUGAAAAUAAUAUCUGCAUCUAUAUUUUGGUACCCCAAACAAACAGGGAAGCUGUGACCUCUCCUUUCCCAAUGGGCAUGCCUGGAUAUCUAUGUACUUCUCAGUGCUACCAGUUAAGAGAAUAUGCUUCUCCUUCCCACAUCUUGGUCCCCAUGACGAUCUCAGCAGCAGGGCUUGGCAGCAGCACAGAAAAUCAGUGUUUCAGUUUCCCCAAAGGGAACAAGCCCACGUGACACAUUUGGAUGUACUAAUGCUCCAGUGUGUGGUUGAUAAUGUGACUUAACACUGGUUAAAAAUUAAGCAGGGGUUCUGCAGGUGUAGCUCUUGAAAAAUGCAUGGGCUUGCUCUUUAAUGUAUAACAUUUUAUGUGAGCUGGAGAACAAAAGAAUAACAUGAUCUUAGCAGACCCUUAAGAGAAAAGCUUGUCCCCAGGGUUCCCAGUGCACUGCCUGCAGCCUCUCUGCUUUGCAAGAGGUUGCUGGGAUUUGGACCAAAGAGCUGGUCUUGGAGCUCCUCCUGGGUUUUAACCUUCGCUUUUAAAACACCAAAAUAGCUGUUACAGGAACAAGGCCACUGUGAUGGAGUCUCAGCUCUGAAGUCAGUAGCUGGGAGUGUGAACUGAGCAUGAAAUGUCUGGUUUGUAAAUGUGUCCGUGAAAAGGCACUACAAGCUGUUGCUACUCCUGUAACGUUGUGAAAUUGACGUGAUACCAGGAAACCACUAACCAGCCUGCUGUGUGAUUCCUGUGUGGCUGUUCGCCUGCUGGAGUAAUUCCCUCCUACAAUUCCGUUUCAACGCCUCUGUAUUUAUGGUUGCUUUUUUGCAAUGUAUUAAUUAUGAGAAGUAAACAGUAUUGAUCCUCUGCUAAAA